AUGACUGUAAACAUCCUACAAUGGUUUCCUCAUACGACUUCUCCUUUCAUUGCUAAUGCACCAAUGUUCGGCUUUGCCGAUGCCGGCCUAGCAACUACAGUCACAAAGGCCGGAGGAUUCGGGUUUAUUGGCGGAGGCUUUGAUUUCAAAUCUGAAUCUACCCAGCUCCUAGGCUUGGAUGCUCAGUUGGCAAAUGCCCGCUCUGUCCUCGGGUUGACCGAUGGUCAACCAUUGCCGCUUGGUGUCGGUUUCAUUACUUUCCAGCUAGACGGGCUUGUUGACAACGCCGUUCCCAUACUCCGGAGGCAUCGAGUAGCGGCAGUCUGGCUGUCCUUCCCUCGGGCUGACGCCGAUCAUCUUCCGAUCAUACAAGCCAUUCGGAGGGCCCAGGAAAGUUCUGACUGGGAUAUCAAGAUCUUUAUCCAGGUAGGAACUAUCAAAGCUGCAGAAGAAGCACUUCGGCAGGGAGUGGAUGUUCUAGUGGUUCAAGGAACCGAUGCAGGGGGGCAUCAGUGGGCCCAGGGUGCUAGCUUGAUAUCCCUCUUGCCUGAGGUACGAGACCUUCUGUCAAAGGCUCAGGAUACGAGCACUGCUGUACUAGCAGCUGGUGGCAUUGUGGAUGGGAGGGGCUGUGUUGCUACUCUCGGCCUAGGUGCCGAUGGGAUUGUCAUGGGCACAAGGUUCGUUGCGACCUCGGAAUGCCUUGCACCGUCUGCGAUUAAGCAGACCAUUAUAUCGAGGGGCGAUGGCGGAGUCUCAACCAUAAAGUCCAUCCGACAUGACGUAUUCCAGUCAACCGAUCUCUUUCCGAGACGGUAUGAUGGCAGGGCUGUUAUUGGGGCUAGUUACGAGGAUUCUCAAAAUGGGAUCAACGACGAGGAAAUCAUCCGACGGUACAAUGAGGCUAGAGAAGCCGGGGGGCAUCAACGGAGGACAGUAUGGGCGUGA